UAGCUACAAGAGCGAACGAGAGAAGGGCGAAGGUUGAUAGCCUGCUGCACGGACAGAUAUAGACGGGUGGGAAUCGCCCAACGAAGUAAUGACAACGUGCAGGCCGACAACCUCCAGCAGGAGCUGGUUAUAGAGAACCGCACAGAGACGGCAGUGCGAGGAGUACUGCGCAGAUAAGGAGGUUGUUUACUACAGAACCUCCUCUUUUUAUGUAGUGUCGCGCAACACAUUCCAGAGACUUUCCGGAAUCAUUCAUUCCCAUUUGGAGAGCGGAGGCUGAGAAGCUACCUCCUCGUCUGGCCGCACUUCUAAAAAAGGUGCACAGAGGUGGGCGACGACAUGGUGGAUUACUAUGACAUUUUGGGAGUGUCAAGAAGUGCCUCUCCAGAUGACAUCAAGAAAGCGUACAGGAAGCAGGCCUUGCGAUGGCACCCAGACAAGAACCCAGACAGCAAAGAAGAGGCGGAGAGAAAGUUUAAGGAGAUCGCUGAGGCCUAUGAAGUCCUCUCUGACAGAAGUAAAAGAGAGUCCUAUGACACGUAUGGUAAAGAGGGAGUACACAGUUCAGGCUCUAGUGGGCCAUCAACACCUGGAGACUUCCCAGGAUUCACCUUCACAUUCCGAAGCCCAGACGAGGUCUUCCGAGAGUUCUUCGGAGGCCAGGAUCCCUUUGCCGACUUCUUCGAUGACUUCCCUUUCGGAGGGAUGCACCGCGGCCACCACACCCACCACAGGGCAGCCCCCAACCGAUUCUUCUCCUUCCCCUCAGCUGGAGUGGACUUCACCACCUUCUCGAUGGGAGGGAUGGGGGGAAUGGACAUGGGAGGUGGAGGAGUGGGCAACUUCAAAUCAGUCUCCACCUCCACCCGCAUCGUCAACGGCAAGCGCACCACCACCAGAAAGAUUAGAGAGAACGGUCAGGAGAGGACAGAGAUCGAGGAGGACGGGGUCUUAAAAAGCAUCCUCAUCAACGGUGUGGCUGACGAGAUGGCUUUGGCCCUUGAGCUGAGUCGUCGCGAGCAAGAGGGCAUCACUCCCCCAUCGUCCUCCUCCCAGUCGUCGUCAACGGCGACAACCAAUCACCAUCAGCGCCUGCAGCAGCCCAGCAAGACAAGCCCCGCCCAGCGCUCCUUCAGCUCCGCCCCCUUCUACCACUGCGCUGCCGACGGUGCCGAGGACGAGGACGAUGAAGACCUGCAGAUGGCGCUGGCGUACAGCCUGUCGGAGAUGGAGGCGAAACAGCGGGCUGCAGCCUCUGCCCAGGACUUCAUCUCAGGAGAUUGUCAAGAGCAUAACCUAUGCUAUGAUGACAUGUCAACAGGCACAAUAAAAUCCAGCUCUAACCAUGAUCAGACUCUGACUUCCAGGCCUUCACAGGCUGACUGCCCACUGCCUGACUCUUGAGGUAGCAACUCUGCAGCGCACUACCCUCACUCAACUGGCUUGCCUGCUCAUCUCACUCCCUAAACAACAACAUCAAACAAACAAACUCUACCAAGAAUCUACCAAACGAAAAUACAACCAAGGUCAAUGUGUAGUAUGGAGAAUGUGCUAAGAAAGAGGAUGUCUGUUUUUGUCUGUCUGUCUGUCUGUCUGGGAAUGUGUACAUAGGCCAAAGAAAGACUGGAUUUCCUUGUUAGUUCUAUUUUGUAGGCUUUCUAAUGUUAUAGAAUGGAAAUGUUAUAUUUUAAAGAAAGAAGUGCAUCACCAAUAGUUACUGUUAUUUAUAAUAUACCAUUAAAUCACACGUGAAGUGUCUUAUCCAUACAAUGGUCUGGCUGGAGCAUCUUGCAAAGUUACCUUUGGACAGAGUAUUUUGUUAACGAGAACAUGUAAAGGAAUCAGAGGUGGAUUAGGGCCACGUAAGGCCCAGGUAUGGCUGACCUCUGUUUUUGGAAGUGAUUGGAACACCUGGAGUAAAGACAUUUCUGAAAAUGCAACUGAA